AUGGCUUUCUUGACUCCUGGUGCCGCCCAGAUGAUUGGGCAUGUUCUCUUCAUCGUUCGGAAAAGAGGGUCAGAGUCUAUGCGCCUUUCGGAAGCUGCCCGCAUGGCAGGCAUUAGCAAAUCUCUUAUUAUAUCCAUCGACCUGCCGCUUUUCAUCCCUUAUCCUGACUCAACUGCUAUGGCGUCCUACGUGACCUCUAUCAGCAAUAUGUCUAUCUUCAAUAACAUGGAUGACGCCCAGGGCUUCCUCUCAGUUCAUGUCAUCGAAGACAAGCUGAUCCAUUUAGGUCAGUCAUGGAAGCCGCUUACUACGACCAAUAGGCAUAAAUGGGCGCAGGCCUAUAGGACCAAUCUACCCGCCUUGACCCUUGAAGGGGCCUCUUCGCUUUUGGUCUUGUGGCAUCUUCAACAGGUUAUUCCACCAACAUGGCCGGCCACACCCUUCAUUGCUGAAGACUCUAUUACCACAGGAGAUAGCCGUAAGGCUAUGUUUUCACUUGUUGUUGCAGAUGAAACCAUGAUCUUCUUGGAAGAUAGGGUUGCACGGACAUUCUGUGCCCUCCUUCUUUCCCUCCGAAAGAAGAUUGCACCAUCGCUCUCCCUGUCCGCCGUUACCCGUAUGGCGGGCGUCGAUAAGUCUCUUGUCAUGUCUAUCGACAUGCCACUUUGUAUCCCCAAUCCGGACUCUACUGCCAUGGCUUCCUAUAUCAGUUCGAUUGCUGACAUUGGCUUUUUUGCCAAAUGA